UGUGUGUAUAUUAUAGUAUAUCAUAGUAAUAAUAAUAAUAGUAUUAGUUGAUUUAGCUUAACACAGUAAGGCACUUAGACCAUGGAAACCAGGUUAACGGUAACGUCACAAUUUAUUAGUGAUGGCCGUGCUAUGGGGUAUGAAGGGGAAAGGCUAGAGAAAUAUGUGAAGGAACGGAAAGCUGAAUAUGAUAGAGAUAAGGAAGUCGCGAAGGCAGAGGAAGAGGCUAGGUUUGAGCGGCAGGAGAAGUUGAAGAAAGAGGCGAAGGCAGAAGAAGAGGCUAGAAAGAAAGAGGCGAAGGCAGAAGAAGAGGCUAGGAAGAAAGAGGAAGAAGAGAGAUUUGAACGUGAUGAGAAGGCCAAACGCGAGGAGCACGAAAGAUGGAAGGAAAGAGAUGCCAAGGAGUCAAUCAAGAGGAAAGAGGAGUUGGAACUGGCUAGGCUUAAAGAAAAGUCUGCGCCAGAGGCAGGCGGGGCGGCAGGACAGUCAGGGGAUGUGCGAUACAAGAAUGUCUUAGACAGGCUUGACAAGAGUUUCCAGGGAAUGAAAGAUGACGACGACCUCCUAGCUUACCUAACACACUUUGAGGCCGUUGCAGCAAGGUGCAAAAUAGAGAGAAAAGAGUGGUCCUUGCUGUUGUCAUAUAAACUGACCACCGCACUCAGAAACUUCAUGCUAAGGGACAGUCUGUUCCUUAGCGAGAAUUAUGAAGAAGUCAAGACUGCACUUCUUCGCCAUGCAGAUAUCAACGCGGAAACCUGCCGCAAAAGAUUCCAUCUCGUGAGACCAAGUCAAAACGACUUUAGGAGAUAUGUAACAGAAUUGAGAACAGCAUUAGACAAUUGGUGCAAGAUGGCCGAAGUCGGUAAAACAGUGGAGGAGUUAAAAGACCUGUUGAUCAAAGAUAGGAUCUUAGAAAGUGUUUCGAGUGACGUAUACAGGCAACUAGUUUUGAGCAAGCACAGAACAGUAGAUAAUAUGCUAGAAGUUAUAGAAGGAUUUAAGGUAGCUGGUUCUGAUGUGUCCAUUUGUAAGGAAGAAAGUGUAUAUGUUGCAGCAGCAUGCAGUGAGUCGGGGUCAGAUGUGUCUAUUUGUAAGGAAGAAAGUGCGCAUGUUGCGGCAGCGUGUCGUGAGCCUGUGAGAAAUAGAAGUCCAGGGAUUGAGAGUAACUUAAUUAUUUGUUUUAAGUGCAAGAGGGGAGGCCACAAAGCGUCAGAAUGCCCUCAACGUUCGCAACUUAACUCUAGUCCUGCUUCUGAUGUUAGAUAUAGGAACGCACCCACAAUCUCCACUAACACACAAAGGCCCAGUAGAAAUGCAUCACAAGGUCGCUACCAAAGGCAGUUUGAUGGUAACGGUCGAAGAAUCCGCGGCAAUAGUGUGGGGAGACAAAGUUAUGCUACAUACGAGAAUUCUUACAAUAACAGGCACAGUAGAACGGGUGGUACUGGGGCAUACCAAAACAGAGAUCAAGGCCCAGGAGGUUCUUAUAGAUGACUGAGUGGUCCUCACAAUAUUCAAAAUUGUGGAAAUUGUACUUUAGGGAAAGGAGAUGAGUAUUUUUCCCCCUGUAAGAGAAAAACUUUUUCAUAUGUGGAUAAGACAUUACGUGAUAAGUCG